GAAUGUGUGUCUAACCUUCGUCGGCUAGACAGCGCGUUAUGAGGUGAGUAUGAUAACGGCGUGUAUGCAACGGCGCCGGAUGACGACUUCAAUGCUAGGCAUUCCAAGAUGUUGCCGACGAGCCCGGGAAAAUAGCGAGGGCCAGCAUCGGAAGUAAACUGGAGAUGGAAGAUCACGCAGCGUUGGCGCCGGUCUGUGGGCCUCAGGGGCUUGCCACCUUGUGGCGGGAUGUCGGCGGAUCCCGGCUGGGGUGGCGGCGGGUACUUAGCCUUGGUCCGCUUGGAAAACGGCAAGCGACGCGUGGCGUUCUUUGAAUCGAUCGCCCCGUCUCCACCGGCGUACAUCAAGCUGGGCUGUGUUGGCCCGGGUUGGACCUAACGCCCGUGUUGUACCGUAUAAUUGAGAAGUCAUUGUUCCUGGAUGUUGGCGCUCCGAACAGUGCCAGGAAAGGUUUGGCGCCAGCCGCUGACCCGUUGCAGAAGCGCCUUAUGUUUUUUAAGAUGUGCUGCGGGCUGCAUGGUGCCCAUACGUCUGGACCCAGCCGCCGUUCUGCCACCAAACCUGUCCCCUAAAUUCUGAGUACACCGCGAGUGUGGUUUUGGGGCGGUAAUUUGGAGGCACCCGGGCAGGGGCCUAGCGGGCAAUCAAGGUACUUCGGAUGCACCUCUUCGAUGGCCAGGGUAGAGGGGUGUCAGGUGCCGAUAGACAGGAUUGGGCGGAACAUGCAGUCUCUUAGCAUCGGCCAGCAAGCAAACACCAAGCGGCGCGGGCCUUUGCCACCUUAGCUCUUCUUCCUGUCACGUCGUAUCCCCAGUUUUGCACUUCAUUAUUUGCCACUCACUUCUCCCAUAUGUGUCCAGUCGCUCUCUGUUGCCGCUUACAGAUGUGUAUCUCAUCCCAAGAACUCACAUCGUGCCGAACAGGCCUACCGGCACAUCUCCCGAUUUAAUCCUUCGCGACCACAGCCUUCGCCAGCCCUCUCCAUUCUUCGUGCCGAUCGCGGGUCGACCGACUCACCGAGGAAACAUUCGAACCACGUCAAGCCCGCUCCCGAUGGCAGCUUCGCUUGCCCGCGUCGGUGCAGCCCGGACGGGUAGCGAUCGGAUUCUGACGGAAAGCAUAGUCGACUCCAUGAUUGCCAACGGCGAUGCCAUAGUCAUAUAUCAAGGCUCCGUCUUGCGCCUCAAUUCCUGGCUCACCAGCCACCCAGGAGGCAGUCUCGCAAUCCAGCAUAUGUUGGGAAGAGACGCCACCAACGAAAUCACUUCGUAAAGACUCACUCUCUGUCUCCGCCUCGUGCCAUCUCACCCCGUCCUGUCCUAUUCUGUCCUGUAUAGCCAUGCUGCACAUGCAUGCUGAGUACCAGCCAACACAAAGAAGAAAGAGUCGCAAGUAAUUACAGCUUCGCUUUGUGACGCUAAGCUUGAUUUCCUCGAGAGGAUGGUUAUCAGUGUAUCUACGCACUUAUACUCAGGUAUCACAGUAUUAACUCUUUCUCCUUGCAGCUAUCAUGCUCCGGCAACAUUGAAGACUAUGGACGCGUACCGGAUCGGUCGCAAACCAAAAGGCCCCUGGACUAAUCGGACACCACCCAUCAGGGGACGGACGCAUGGAAAGCAACUGGACACUCCGGAUGCAUCUGACAUGUUUUCGCGGCAUCACAAUGUAAAUGCGGAAAACGACGCUGAUCAUUCCCUCCUCAACUUUGAAUCGGCCCUUGAUACCCCUGGUGGCGCUUUGGGGCAACUACCACAUAUCGACCAUGGUCUGGGGACCGCAUGCGUGGGAACGGCUGUCUGUCCAAAGCGAGCGCCACCACAGUGCAGUCCUCCUCGUCUGGGCAGGAUCACGGGAGAUCAAGUAAUGGAGACGCAUCCAAGAGGUGAGGCCGGUUUCUCCGCUCAAGAAUACAACGACAGGGCCGUGCAGCAGGGCAAGCACCUCGACAUCCUGACUUACCCAUCACUUGAUGCUGCCGUGCAAGACGAAAUUGCAAGCAAGUACAUGGCGCUUCAUCAGCGAAUCUACGAUGAAGGCCUUUACAACUGCCCGUACCCGCACUACUGCAAGGAGAUUAUCCGCUAUUUGUCCCUCUUCAGUCUUUUCCUCGUGUUCCUGAGCUAUCAUUGGUAUAUUACCUGUGCCGUCUUUCUCGGCUUGUUCUGGCAUCAAAUCAUGUUUACAGCCCAUGACGCCGGCCACCGAGCCAUCACCCAGAAUUUUACCGUCGAUACCCUCAUCGGCAUGUUCAUCGCCGACUUCUGCUGCGGUCUGUCCAUCGGCUGGUGGAAGAGCAGCCACAAUGUCCACCAUCUCGCCACCAAUCAGCCCGAGCAUGACCCGGACAUCCAGAACCUCCCUCUCUUCGCUACCUGCCCCUCCGUAUUCAAAUCGCUCCGUUCUUCCUACUACGGUGGCUUUAUCUUUGUCUGGGACGCCGUCUCCAAGCUACUGGUUCCGUAUCAGAGGUACACUUACUAUCCGGUUAUGAGCAUCGCUCGCUUCAACCUCUACCUCCUCUCCUGGUUUCACGUUUUGUCCUCUAGAUCGUCCGGUCUGGGUAGCAGCAAGGCGUGGUGGAUUCGGCCAACCGAGGUCGCCUUCAUGGCCUGCUACUGGGUCAUCUUCGGAUACCUUUUGCUCCUGCGCACACUGCCCGACUGGCCGACUCGCGUUGCAGUCGUACUGGUGUCGCACAUGAUAACCAUGCCUCUGCACAUACAAAUCACCCUCUCUCACUGGGGAAUGUCAACCUCGGAUCUUGGUGAGAUCGAGUCUUUCCCACAGCGACAACUUCGGACCACGAUGGACGUCGACUGUCCCGCUUGGCUGGACUGGAUCCACGGCGGACUACAGUUUCAAGCUGUCCAUCAUCUAUUCCCCCGACUGCCUCGGCACAACCUCCGCAGGGUACAGGGGCUGGUCAAGGAUUUUUGCAAAGAGACUGGUAUUCCUUACUCGAUCCUGGGCUUUGUGGAUGGAAACAAGAAGGUGCUCAGCCGCUUGAACGAUGUUGCCGACCAAGCCAAGAUACUCAUCAGCUGCCAAAGGUACAUGGCUGAUACGGGCGAAAGUGGAUUGCAUUGAGCCGUGGUUCAGGGGCCCAGUAACGGUUUAUCGGGACGGCUUGACGAAAGAUCCACUGAUAUCGAAGUUUGAACACUUCCAAACGAUGCUGAACCUGGUCAAUAUUAAGGGGGGGGG